CGAGGAGCCGGUGGUCGUGGCAUAGCUUGUCAGGCCUGGCUGGGUCAGUCCGGUGGACCAGGAAAGAGGGGCAUGGACCGUCUAUAUGGCUGCUGUAGGCGCACUCCCAGCGACAGCCCAUUCCCUCAUCAUGUGCCUCCUUUGGCCGCUGGCCGCUACUCUGGAAAUUUCAUUCUGGGCACCCUCAACCGACGAUCUUUUCCUUUUUUUCUUCAUUCACACAGGCCCGCGAUGGAGAUAUGAGCACGAAGUCGUCGAUCUAGACGGAGAAGAUACGUAAAGUGGUAGAGCAACAGCCUUUGGCAGCUUGCAGCCAUCGAAACGUGCGCGAUGAUCGGUAUCGGUAAAGUGGACCAGCGAUUGUCAAAAAAAGGCCCGCAC